AUGAUGUCCCCCUCGGGCUCGCCACAGUCUCACUAUCUCGUUCCUUCAAUUAAUUUCAAGGAGCUGAUUAAUUUUGCAGGCUACGCGUCCACCGUGUCAGCAGUUUCCAUCUGAUCCUCUCUGGUAAAUGGUUGCUUUCCGCCAUCGUCCGCGGACGGUUCGCUGGCGGUUGCCAAGGCCAGGUCGCCGCCCCCAGUUAAAACACGUCCAGAGCCACCAGUUCGGCGGACGCCUGAAUACAACGCCCCCACGACACCCAACACACCCCUCCGCAAGAUGUCUCUCCUCGAGGUGGAAACGGACUCAGAAGGGGUUGAGGCAGAAGACGCGAAACUCGCCGCCGCACCCUCUCCGCCCCCACCUCCUCCUCAGAUGCAGCUUCACUAUCCCUAUCCUGGAAUGCAGGGCAACCCCCAUCAUCCACCAGUUCGGAGUGGCAGGACCUUUGGAAGUCACUUCAGCGGCGGCGGCGGAGGCGGAACUGCCUCCUCACCCUUCAUCGGCGCUAAAGGUCACUUGCGGUCGCCUACAUCCCCUCCCCCGGCCUCGCAUCAGUUCCCCUAUGCUCAGCGACGACUGCCUACCGACGGUGGGUCCGCCCUGCGGUUCGGCGGCGGCGGCGGUGGUCUCCGAAAAACACCGCCGGUGCAGCAGCAGCAGCAGCAACUAAGAAACCCACCCGCCACCGGCUACCCUGUGGUCACCCGGCCAACCGUAUCGUCGCCCCGCGUCGUAAUGGCCGGUCGCACUGGAACCACCAUUCAACCCGCUGCUGCUGCUGCUGCUGCUACGGCCAGCAGCGCCACGGGCAACUUGUACAUAAACGGGAAGUGA